AUGAGGCGUAAUACUGUAGUACAUGGGGGUGACUUCCUCUCUCCAACUCAAGUAUUUACGAAGGCAGUAGCUAGUUUGGAAGAUUUCCAGAGGAUAAACGCACAGCCUGGAGGGAUAAGCAGUGGAUUACAACAAGUUCACUCGACCAUUUGGCAGCCACCACCGAUGGAUAUGGUCAAAGUGAACUGGGAUGCUGCCAUAGAUCAAAGAAAUUCUUGUGUUGGGCUCGGAAUUCUUGCAAGGGACGCAACUGGGCAGUUUAUGGUGGCCUGUGGGAUCAAGCAGAGGAUAGUGGUGGACCCGACAGUGGCUGAAGCAAUUGCAGCCCUUCAUGCCGUGAUUUUUGCUAAGGAGCUAGGUUUUGAAAGAGUAAUUUUUGAGGGAGAUUCUCUAACGGUUAUGAAGGCAAUUAACUCCAUUGGACUGUGCGAGAGCAGCUAUGGCCAUUUUGUGGAAGAUGUGAAAACUUAUUCGAGUGAUUUUGCUAUGUCUAGCUUUGUUCAUGUUCCUAGGGGAGCAAAUUCUGCUGCCCAUACCUUAGCAAAAGAAGCUUGUACCCAUGUCACUGAGAAAUUCUGGUGGCAUUGCAUUCCACCAUGCAUUGGUGGUAUUAUUAGGAAGGAGGAGACAUCCCUCUAUUCCUGA